UAGCAAGACUCAUAUUCAACCCACCCUUGUGUUGUUUGUUUGGGUUCUGUUCUGUUCUCAUCUCAUUUCAUCUCUCUCUCUCUCUACUUUUCUUUUCCAGGUUUGGUAGGCGCUACCUCCAAAUCAGACUCCUCUUUUGUUUUUCACUUUCCAAUUCCCUAUUUCUCAAUCCACCUCAAUCUCCUUUCCCAAAACACACACAACAAACUAGAACAUUCCUUAACCUUUCCAAGAUUCGAAACCAACAAACAAUAAAGAAAGAAGAAAAAAACCACACACACCCCAAUAGACAUUCUCAAUUUUGAUCUGGUGGGGUUUGCUCCAAUUGCCUGAAUUUCAAAUCGAAUCAUCUGGGCUAUCGAGAAUGUUUAACGGUAUGAUGGAUCCUGAGUUGAUGAGGAUCGCUCAGGAACAGAUGAGUCGCAUGUCACCCGCUGAAUUGGCUCGGAUCCAACAACAGAUGAUGUCCAAUCCGGAGUUGAUGAGGAUGGCAUCUGAAAGCAUGAAUAACAUGAACCCUGAAGACUUGAAGCGUGCUGCUGAGCAGUUAAAGCAUACCCGUCCCGAGGAAAUGGCUGAGAUUGGCGAGAAGAUGGCCAGUGCGACACCGGAUGAAGUAGCAGCUAUGCGUGCUCGUGUUGAUGCUCAGAUCAAAUAUCAAUUGAAUGCAGCUGAGAUGUUGAAGAAGCAGGGAAAUGAUCUUCACAAUCAAGGAAGGUUCAAUGAUGCUUUGCAGAAGUAUAAGCUUGCUAAGGAAAACAUUAAAGACAUUCCAUCUUCUCAAAGUGGAAAGCUUAUUUUGGCGUGCUCACUUAACUUGAUGUCUUGUUACUUGAAGACAAGGCAGUAUGAUGAAUGCAUAAAAGAAGGUUCUGAGGUCUUGGCAUAUGAUGCGAAGAACCUUAAGGCACUUUAUCGAAGAGGUCAAGCAUACAAGGAACUGGGCCUGCUAAAUGAUGCUGUUACUGAUUUGAGCAAAGCACUUGAAGUAUACCCAGAUGAUGAUACAAUUGCAGAGCUUUUACGGGACACCAAGGAAGAAUUGACAAAGGGAGGUAGUGAUUGUGCACCUAGAAGAUUAGUAAUUGAAGAAAUAACUGAAGAAGUAGAGGAUGUGCCUUCUGGAAACAACAAAAGCUCUUCUUUGGAACAAACAGUGGUUCAACCAAAAAAAUCUGGUGGCUCCUCUAAAAGUGGCAGUAUUGCUAACAGUGGAAAUCCAAAAACAAACACAGACAGUAUCGAUGCAUUGAAAAAAGAUCCAGAAGCAAUCAGAUCAUUCCAAAACUUCAUUUCAAGUGCCGAUCCUUCCACUCUGGCUUCUUUGAACAUGGGACAAUCCAAUAAUGUGUCUCCAGAUAUGAUUAAAGCUUCCUCAGAUAUGAUUAGCAAGAUGUCACCUGAGGAACUUCAAAAAAUGCUUGACAUGGCGUCUUCGUUUCAAGGGGACAACCCAUUUUUCAGAGGAGGUUCCACUGAUUCUCCUUUGAACCCUGGAUCUAUUCCUCCCAAUGUGACGCCUGACAUGUUUAAAACAGCGAGUGACAUGAUAAGUAAAAUGCCAGCAGAUGACCUUAAGAAGAUGUUUGAAAUGGCAUCCGUACUUAAGGGGAAGGAAUCUAUUCCAUCAGCAGCAGCCGUAGACAGGAAUGAAAGAAAUGUUUCCCAGUCAAACUUCCCAUCCUCAAGUAGUAACGGAACUCAUGCUUUUGGAGAAUCAAGUUCUUCUCAAAAUUUGUUUUCAAAUAUGAGAAAUGCUUCUCCGCCAAAUUUCCCUUCCUCAAGUGCUGAUUUACAAGAACAGAUGAGAAACCAGAUGAAAGAUCCAGCUAUGCGGCAGAUGUUCACAUCAAUGAUUAAAAAUAUGAGCCCGGAAAUGAUGGCAAACAUGGGAGAACAAUUUGGUGUCAAGCUCUCACCUGAAGAGGCAGCAAAAGCUCAGCAAACCAUGUCGUCCUUCUCACCAGAAAGCUUGGAUAAAAUGAUGCUUUGGGCGGACAGGCUUCAAAGAGGAUUUGAAGGUGCGAAGAAGACAAAGAACUGGCUGCUAGGGAAACCAGGCAUGAUCUUAGCAAUAUUCAUGCUCAUUUUGGCUAUCAUUCUUCACCGGUUUGGCUUCAUUGGUAGCUAGAAUAAGGGGCAUGCAUUAUUAUGAGAGAUUCUUCAGUGUUCCAAAUAUAUCAGGCAUAAUCUUCUAGUGUGGUGAGAUGAUUGAACAUGUUGUCUCUGCCAAGUAACAAAAGAUAGGAGGGGAGGACAUAACAUACCAUUGCUUAUUUGAAAAGCAAUGCUGAAAUGGCAUCUCAUCAGAUAUGUCCAAAUUUAGAAUGUGAUUUGCACUUUUUUCUUUCUUUCUUUCUGUAAUAUAGUAGUUUUUGAGGAGUUGAUCAUUUAGCAUUGAGAGGGCUUAACCAUUCAGUUAAUCCAUAACUUUGUCAUUCUUAUAAGCUAGUUUUAAUGCUUGGAACAGCCAGCCACCAUAUUUCAUGGUUUGGUUGGACUCUUAACUC